AUGGCUGAAGAUUGGUCGGAGAGGAACCGGCAGCAAGGCAUCGGCUUCAACUACGGGGACUCGAGGCGCCGGCGCUCCAGGAGUCCCAAGAAGGGCGAAGAGGUGCGGAAGCAGCAGCGGGAGAAGCGCAAGGCCUUGUUCGCCGCGCCGGUCGUCAAGCCGGCCGAGAGCAAGGCGACUCCAGAGGCCGACGUGUUCGACGCAAGUGCAAAGACUCGGCUCGUGAGCUUCUGA